AUGAAAAAGGCUAACACGUUAUUGGGUGAUUUUGUAGGAGUAUCCAUCUUGACAGCUCAGUUGGAGCAUCAGUUCAGACAGGGUCAGCUCCCUCUGCAGAGAUUUUGGUUCUACAUCCAGCCAUGCAAGCAGACAAUGGAGAUCUUGGCGUCAAUCGCACAGGCCAUCGACCGUGGGGCAUCUACAGGGGGUGCUGUGCUCAGCCUGCUGCACGAGAGGACUGUGACUAUGAUAGGUGAUACACGAGCUCAGAACCUUUGCCUGUUCUUGACGCAGUCGGCUUGUGCACCGUACUUUGAAAUUCUGGAGAAAUGGAUCUAUAAGGGAAUCAUCAAGGAUCCGUACUGUGAGUUCAUGAUUGAGGAGCACGAAGCCCUGCGUAAGGAGAAGCUACAGCAAGAAUACAAUGACGCUUACUGGGAGCAGCACUACACCAUCUGUCGGGACAGGAUACCAGUCUUCUUGGAGACGGUCGCUGAUAAAAUCCUUCGAACUGGAAAAAUACCUCAAGUCAUCAGAGAGUGUGGGCGUGACCCCAAAUGCCCACAUGCAGAGGAGAUAUUGUACACACUGAAGGAGAGGCAGUAUGUGAGCACAUUGAACACGCCUAUCAGUAUGCAAGCAGGGUCCAUAAAGAGAUACUUUCUGCUGGAGCAAGGGGAUUUCUUUGUCCACCUGAUGGACAUAACCACGGAGGAGAUGAAGAAGCAGGUGGAUGAGAUCAUCCCAAGCAGGCUGGAGUCGCUGUUGGAGUUAGCUCUACGGACGAGUCAAGCCAAAUCAGAUAACUUCAAAGAUGACUUGAGGGUGGCAUUGCUUCCUUAUGAUCUCAUCACACAGCUGCUGAGAAUAUCUCCAUCGACAAUCAUUCAGGAGAUUGACCCUACUGAGAUCAACAUUUCUUGUCUGGAAGCAUUCUCCUUUGAUUACGUCGUCAGAUGGCCUGAGUCGCUCAUCCUUAGCAGAAAGGUAGGAGGAAAGAUUUACAAGUCCUCACAAGUACUCACAAUUCCUCGCAAGUCCAUCACAAGUCCUCAAAAGUCAUCACAAGUCAACACAAGGCAUUACAAGUCCUCACAAGCCAACGCAUUGACUCGCUACCAGAUUCUGUUCAGACAUCUGUUUUACUGCAAGCACGUGGAAAGAAUCUUAUGCAAUUUGUGGGUGUUGAACAAGGCAGCUAAGCAGUACACCCUCCACUCUUCCAGGUGGUACGCUGCAGCCUUUGCACUGCGCCAGAGAAUGCUUCACCUUGUCCAGAAUCUACAGUACUACAUGAUGUUUGAGGUCAUCGAACCCAACUGGCAAAUUAUGGAGACUAAACUAAGACAGGUAUCCACCAUUGAUGAUGUACUCGAUAUCCACACCGACUUCCUGAACAUGUGUCUGAAGGACUGCAUGCUGACGGACCCGGAACUACUGAAGAUUGUCAGCAAACUCAUGCUGCGAAUGACAGAGACAAUGAACGUGGAGGGUGAGGCGAGUUUCCGAGUGGAUACGACAGACCCUAAAGGAAAAGAUAAAGACAAGUCUGAGUCCAGGAAAUACAGGACUGCAGCAAAGCUCUCAUUGGUUUUGUAUACGUUUUUCAACCAAGGAGUCCUUGAUGUGGUUCCUGUCCGUGGCAUCAGAACACGUGAACUGCUGAUUGGCAGCGAGGAAUUCGCCAGCACCAUCGCUAACUUUGACAGCAACUUCUCCACUCUACUGGUCAGCCUGCUGGAUCAGCUGAGUCUCUUCAGCACUACAGACUGCGAACACAACAUGACUAACAUCAUCCACAGACUGGACUUCAAUGGGUUCUACACCGAGGGGUUGGAGAGGGUGGCUGCUGAGAGGCGGAGCAAAGAAUACGAGGGGGAGGCACAGGAUCAAGCAGGUGCAUCAGGUAGUUCUCUGACCAGUGUCUCAAGCCUGUCGUCCAGGGCGAGAUCUGACUCAGCUGGUACUAGUCACAGACCAGGGAGUAAAGGGACGUAG